AUGAAUAAUCAAGACCUAAGAAAAGUUCUGCUGAAAGUCGGCGAUCGUCUUAGUAAUGAAUCUCGCAAACGACUUCAUUUUCUUCUUGGUGAUACUGUUACUCGACCUAUUCAAGAUGACACGACAAUCCACGGUACUCUUGAUCUCUGGCAAUCGUUGUUUGAUCAAGGCAAAAUCAACGAAAGCGACGUGACAGUGUUGAUCUCUGCAUUCAGAGAUAUUGACUGUAUGGGUCCAGCUAAAGAUCUGCAAGAAUAUAUGCAGUCAGUACGAUUGACUGGAGUUGUGACUGAGUCGACAGAAGCUCAGAUAAUACAAACGACUUCAAAGUUUGAUGCGUUGACCGAUGAUCAAGAGGAUAUCGACAAAGUAACUGUAAAUACACGUUUAAACUAUGAGAGCAUGAUGGAGAACGACAAACAUCUAGAUAGCAAAUGCAUGGCACCGGGUGAAUAUGUGAAGAGAAAAAUUUGCUUUGGGGAAAGUGUUGGAUCAUCAAAGGAGAAGAAAUAUCAAUUGUUAUGUAUUUCAAUAUCGAUGGUUUUAUUAGCAAUUAUCACUAUUGAAAGUAUUUGGAUUUGUUGGUUGUAUAUAAAAUAUGAUGGUAGACAUACGCGGAAUCAUUUAUUGCAAGAUAUAGAUCGGAUUGCACAAUUAAACAGAUCUUUACUGGAAAAAGAAAGAGAAAUGGAAAGUUUAAAUACAAACGUCUCAUGGUGGUUGGAAGGCGGGGGUUCGAAGUGCUGCUCUGGUACCAAUAAAUUUUGUCACUAUUGGACUGGGGUAUCAGAUGGGCACUGUAAAUGUGACGAAAACCGACAAAGUGGUAAUCUGUACGACGGUGAGCGAUGA